UACUUCAUUUCUCAGCUGUGUUUUUAUGUGAGCGGUUCAACGGAGGGGUCUAGAAGCAUUUCACUGCUCUUUUUUCUUCCUUUCUCACAUUUAAAUAGAAUAUUCGGCACUGCAUUGCUCCGUCCCGCAGAUGUGUUUGGUUUUCGAGGGUGAAUUUCCAACUGUUUUGUCCUGUAUAUCCAGAUCCAGACAUGCAACCUCCUCCAAGAAAGGUAAAAGUCACACAAGAGGUGAAACACACUCACACUGAGCAGCUGAACAGACUCCAGCUCAAACACCAGACAGACUUGGACUUCCUGGAGGAUCUGAGGACUUACAGCCAGAAGAAAGCACUAAUAGAGAAAGAUUACUCACAGGCUCUGCAAAAGCUUGCUUCGCAGUACUUGAAGCGAGAGUGGAAUGGAGCCCCAUCAGAGGAGCUGAGAGACUCCGGAAAUGUUUGGGCCGUAUGGAGGUCUUACUUGGAGGGUGUGACGAAAGUGAGCCAGUCUCGUAUCAACGGAUGUGAGAACUAUAGGAGCCAGAUCGCAGAUCCCGUGAAGACGUUCAGAGCGCAGAAGGACCUGCAGCUGAAGAGGUGCUGCGAACAUCUGGCGAGAGCUCAGGCCGAUCUGCAGGUCACCAUCAGAGACCUGGAAAAGAGCAGGAAGGCCUACCAGGAGGCGGAACAAACAGCGCAGACCGUGAGAGAGAAAGCUGAUAUGGAGGCCAAGUCAAAGCUCAGCCUGUUUCAGUCACGCUCCAGUUUGAAGAGGGCAAGUGUGAAGCUGAAAGCAAAGAAGAACGAAUGGAAGUGCAAAGCCACGCAAGCAAGGAAUGAUUACUUGCUCACACUGUCAGCCACUAACGCUCAUCAGGACCGCUAUUAUGAGACAGAUCUGAUCAGCUGCAUCACGAUUCUAGAUGGCAGUUUCUGCGAUCACGUACAGAGUUUUCUCAUUUCACUGUGUCAGACGGAGCUUGAGACGUCUCAAAGCAUUCAGGACACUUUCCAGUGCCUGCUGGAGACGUCCAGUGGGGUGACACAGGAUAUCCACCAACAGAUUUUCAUUCAGGACAACCCAGUGUUUCAGAAAGCCGCCCCCUUCCAGUACCAGCCCUGUGAAAAUGAUUCGGUCAGGGAACUGUUGAAGGAGAGUGGCACGGCUGAAGAACACAGUCUGAAUAAGGAAGCACGGAAAUGGGCCACACGUGUGGCCAGAGAACACAAGAACAUCAUUCUCACGCAACGGACACUAUCGGAGUAUGAAGAGUCGCACCAACAGGACCAGAAUAACAAUGAGCUGGAACUGAAAAUGGACGAUGCAAGAGAAUCCAUUCGGAAAUCAGAGACGGUGAAACAGAAGGCAGAGGUGCGUCUGAACCUCCUCAGAGACGUGGGUGUUGCUGUAGACGUCUGGCUGAAGAGUGCCAUGAACCAAGUGUUGGAGGAACUGGAGAACGAGAGAUGGGCGGCCCUCAAUGCCCACGAUGCUUCAUUCUCUCACUCUGCAGAUUUGGACAGAGAGGAUGAUGAGGACAUAGAGACGUUGGACGACAGCAGUUCCAGUCCCUCCAGCACUCACAGGAACUACCCACUCACCUGCUCUGUGCUGUACUCGUAUCAGGCAUGCCAGCCUGAUGAGCUCACCAUCCAGGAACAGGAAAUACUGGAGCUUAUUGAUGAUGGAGACAUGGAGGACUGGGUCAAGGCAAGGAACCAAACAGGACUGGUGGGAUACGUGCCGGAGAAAUACCUGCAGCUUCCGACCUCCAACUCUCUACUGAGCAUGAUCCAGUCUCUCUCCAGCAUUGACGCCCAAUCACACACCUCCAGCACUUCUGCAGAACAAGAGCCAGAAAUCGAGACACUCACCCAGAGCAGCCCGAACAGUCCCGCCAGCGCCAUAAAUCUAGCCAGGGCUCUGUAUGCCUAUGAGGCUCAGACAGAGGACGAGUUGUCCUUCCCCGAGGGAGCUGUUAUUUGCAUUCUCAGCAAACACAACCAGGAAGAUGAUGGGUUCUGGGAGGGCGAGUUCAACGGCGCAGUGGGCGUCUUUCCCGCAGUAUUAGUGGAGGAUCUAUGCGGACCGGAGGGUGCACAAACACACAAGAGCAUGAACGUGCAGGUGUCUCUGUCAGUUCUGGAUCAAGCGACUUGUCCACCGGCUGCGUCUUCAUCCUGUAGCAGUCCAGAGUCCAUCUCACUUCCACCUUUGACCGGCACACUCCCUUUAAAUGGCUAUCAAACCCCAGAACCCCCCAAAAUCUCGAGCCACAGCCACGCCCACACCCCACCACCCAGAUCCCCAGGAGAGGGCGGGUCAGGCACCCUGAGACCUGUACGAGCUGCUCCUCCUCCACCCAAACAGCAGGCACAGGGUCAGGUGCAGAAGAGAGAAGAGGUAGAGAUCACACUGGUGUGAGCACAUUUUACAAGAUUGACGUUACCAUGCUUGAAUGCACCAUGUGAAUUCGAUGUCGUGCAGGGUGGACAUUCAGGAACUUUUUAAUGAAGAUAUGGAUGCACAAGCUGACCAUUAUUUAAUGUGGUCCCACGCUUUCUUCAGUUUUUUAGGGCAAUUUCAAACACACGAGGCUUUACUAGAGCUACAAAGAGACUUUAAAGGGAAAAGUGGCAAUUAUACUGUUGAAUUUAUGUGUAUGAUUCCGUCCAUAAACAUAUUUAGGGCUAAAUACUUUUAGGGGCAUAUUACAGUUUUAGCUUAAACUUUGUCAGUAUUUUACUUGUCUGGUCUGUCAGCCAUUAUUUGAAUGAAUAUUAAGAUAUUUUUAGCUAUUGUAAAUUCCAGGAAGAUAAACAACCUGAGCACUUUAGGUGUAGUUUAUAAUGCAUUGCAGUAUUUUGUUUUAUUUUAGUUGUCAUUGUUUUUCUUUAUAAGAGACAUGUGGAGAUGCUGUGAGACUUAUGCAUUUCAGUUUCGGUGCAUUCAAGUU